UAACUCUCUCACGCCGUCUCCCCCUCCAUGCCACUUUUCACCUGUGUCACUCAAUCACCUCACUAAAUAGUGACCGAAACUGAACAGUGAACAGUGAUCACCAGUCCCCUCCAAUUCCAUUCGGUUCGUUACCGCCGUCACUUUCAUUGACCGCAAUUCCGUACAAUCUACGUACGGAGCAGCCGAACUACGGUAGUCUCGCCACCCGCCGUCCGCCUCCGCCGUCCGCCUCCGCCGUCCGCCUCCGCCGUCCACACUCCACACUCCCCAGUCCGUAGAGUGACAGCAUCAUCGCAUCGCCGACUGCAACCACCCGAAUAAGAGGAAUCCGAUGAUCUUCAAUCGCUCCUGUCUAUCCCCAACUUCCUUCCUCCCCUUCUUCCGACCUUCGCGACUCGUGCGCCGGAUACUCCAUUAGCUCCGAAUACCAUGACCGUCCCUUAGUAACUCGUCACUGUUUCAUCAUGUCCUUCAAUAUCGCCGGUCUGCUCAAUCCCGCCCCUCCCGGGCGUAACGUUUCUACCGCCCAUCGCCAUUUCUCCUCCUCUUCGUCCGCCCUCCACGAAGCUCCAGGCUUGUCGCGCACCGAUUCGAAGGAACCGCAACGUUCCGCAAUUAGCAACGAAGCCGCCGCCGACGCUCUGACCGCGCUAUUGAUGCCGCGACCCACUUCGUCUUCUGGCCAUCCACUCCACGAUCCACUUCAACCACCACUUCCACAGCAACAGCCGCAUCACAACUCUACUUCCAUCGCCACGCACGACACUUUCAAUCCGCCCUACUCUCCCCACUGUCCGGAAGUCCAUCCGCCUCCAUCCAGCGUCAUUUCUCCAAUUGCGACACCCCUGGAGCCGAACCCUGCGCUGGACAAUUUGCCGUUACAACGCUCCCCGACCUUGGAUCAGUACCACCAUGGUUCGCGCAGUCCCGAGGAACAGAAUCGCAGAGUCUCGACAUUGAGGAUUUCCCAGAGUCCGAAGUUGGCGCCCAUCCAGAAUUUGUCGAAUGCGUUGAAUGGGCAAUUGCAUCGCAGUGAACCAGAUCCUGCCCAAGCUCCAACCCACGACACGGACACCAACAGGAGCCCGAAUUUGAGAGAUCGCGAUCGCGCAGAAAUUCAUCCAUCGACUAAGCUUUCUGAAUCUGAAGCAGGCGAAAUGGCGGACACGGCGGAUCAUCAGAAUUCCGCGCCACAAACCGGACCGUCCAUUGACGUCGAGCAAUCAUCAAAACCCGAGCCGGACACGAUGGAGAAUCCGUCGGAUCAUCAACAUCUCUCGGCAAAUACUCCGAACAUCAAAACCGAACCAUCUGUCACUCCCCGUGAGACCUCCCCACAUCAAACCACGGAAGAGGGGCCCAGGUCCUCCGCGUCGAUGGCUCAGGUCGAUGGAGUCAUGGACGACAUGGACGAAGAAACCUACAAAACGAUCCAAGCGAUCAAAAACAACGAUCUCGGUCUCCGCCGAACAGCCGGUCAGCGCGAAACCUCCGCCCAGUCCCCUCCGAAAGAGACGCCGGAACCUGCGACGAAGAAGCGGCCCACGACGACAGCCAAAUCCAUCGCCGCCACGAAGAAGGGAACCGCGAAGAAACCCCCGCCGAAGAAGCGCAAAUUGUCCUUUGACGGAGAGGAUGAGGAUACCCGACGAGCAUCCGCGACGAAGGUUGCCAAAACCACACCCAACCCCCCCAAAGCGAAACCCCCCACCAAACCAAAGAACGACCCCGGCUCUGACGGCGACGAGGACGGCGAAGUCUACUGCAUCUGCCGCCGCGGCGAUGACCAUAGUUUCAUGCUCGCCUGCGACAACUGCGAUGAGUGGUUCCACGCCCAGUGCGUGCGCCUGACCAAGUCCGACUGCGACCAGAUCGACGCCUACAUCUGCCCCAACUGCGAGAAAGACCACGGCCUGCAGUCCACCUGGAAGCCCCUCUGUCGCAACCCCGUUUGCCAGCGCGUCGCUCGCGUCGGCGACGACUACGACGCUCGCGAGAGCAAAUACUGCAGCGACGACUGCGCCGUGCAGUUCUUCCGCGACAAGGCCUCCCUUGACUCCGAUAAGGCGAACCACGCCAAACGCCGCAAGGCGAACCGAACCGACCACGACGCGAACUCCGAUCCGCACGACACCUCUACCGAACGCCGCCGCGGCGACGCGCUCCGCUUACAAGACCUCCGCUCAAUUGUCGACCACGUCGGUACCUCCUCUGACAAGUUCCACGCGCUCGGCGACCGCGACCUCGCGAUGCUGACGCCGCCGGACAGCGGUGGCGUGUCGCUCCCGGACGACGAGCUGCCGCUGCUCCCCGAGGAGCGGGCGGCGCUGCGACGGAUCGAGGAGGCGAAGGAGACGACGCGGGCACGGCGGGCGUAUCUGAACGAUCGGAGCGAGUUGAUUCAGCUGGCGCGGGAGAACGCGGGGCGGUGGGCGGAGCGGGAGGGGCUGAAGGUAAAGGAUGUGUGUGGGUUUGAUGGGCGGUUGGUGUGGGAUGAGGGGCGGUUGAGGCGGUGGUGGGAGGGGGGCGGGCGGCCGGGGUUACCCGGGGAGGGAGCAUCGGAGGCGGUGGGGGCUGAUGGUGUGGAUGAUGCGAAGAAGCCGACGGAUGCGGAUGCGGAGAAGGGCAAGGGCGGUGAGCUUGCCGCCGACACCGCCACGAACGACGCCUCCGAUCCCGAUGCCAAAAUGACCGGCACCUCCUCCCCUCCCCCCUCCGACCUCCCCACUGACGCGACCUCCCCCACCUCCCCCGCCGACGACGACCACGCCGCCUACAUCUGCACGAAAAAACGUUGCGCGCGCCACGCGCAGUGGCCGAAGCUGCAGGUGCAGGAUGUGCGGAUGGAGCUCAGUGGAGCGGCAGAUCAGAUGCGAGAACUGGAGGCGGAGGAGCGGGAGGUGAGAGAGCGUGCGGUGGUGAGGGCGCGGGUGAGGGGGCAUGAGGGGGCGCGUGCGACUGUUGGGGGUGAUGCUUGAGGGAUGUGGUUGGCUUUUUCUUUGCGGGGUUAGGAUGAUUGUUACGAUACCCCCGCUCGACACGAACUUGACUGAUGGCAAGUCUUUGGCUUGGUUGGAGUCUUUCUCGCUGUUCGUGGGUUCAUCUCCCUCUGACGGUGAACCUGUCUGGUUCAUUUCUUCGAUAUUCGCAUUUGUCGAUACGCAAGAGGAUGGACGGGUUGGACUGCAUUGGUCUGGACUGGGCCUUUGAUGGAUGAUCGACUGUUUUCCUGAUCGAUGCUGUGUUCAAUGGAGGCGACUUGGGCACGACACGUUGCCGACCGUUCGGA